AUGGCAAUGGCGGAGGUAUCUUUAUCAAUAUUAAGGUUCAUAAUAUUGGACUUGAUAACAGAGGAAGAAGAGAGUGAUACCAACCAGCAAUCCAGCAGCGACUCUUCUUUACAAAGUAUUAUCAGCAGACAUAACCUAAAAGCAAGAUAUUGGUCUUACUUAUUUGAUAAUCUAAAUCGGGCUGUUGAUGAAAUUUAUUGCGUUUGCGAGAAUGAUGAAAAUAUUAAUGGUUGUCAGGAAGUCAUUAUGACAUUAGAUAUAUGCAAGAAAGAUUUUAAUGCAUUAGUUGAAAGAAUUCACUUACAAACAGAAUUUGAAGUUGCAGAUUCAAAACCAACAUCUUUAGCCUGGGAAGUCAGAAAAUCCUCUCCCGGUAAAUCUUUUUCUAUGGAUGGUAGUAGAAGAAGCUCAGAACGUACUAGCAGUAGUAGCAGUAACAGACUAUCAAUGGGUUCUGCCCGGAAAAUUAAUUUUGACAUAAAAGAAAGCGAUGGACAACAGAACGCUGCUGUAGAAAUGCCAUUAGCCAAAGAUGAUAGCAAUCCACGCCUUGAAGUUGUACACGAAAGGACCACCUGGGCUGAUAGAGUGAAAAAUAAAGGCAGUGUUAUCAAAGAGGUAGUAACUACGGAGUCGCAAACAAAAAAAGACAAUGAUUCUAUCGAUAACGAUGGUGAAUGGACCCUCGUACACCACGGGAAAUCUAAGCGUACCCGGAGUAACCAACAAUCAGAUUCUGUUAGAAAUGAAACAGACUUGCAAAAACUUCAGGAUGAUUACGGCGAUGAAGACAUUAUCCCAUUUUUAGAAGCCAAUGACGAAUUCAGAAAUCUCAGUUUGACAGAUAGAAUGGAACUUCUAGAUGUUGAUUCCAAUGUUAGACCUCCAGGUAGGGUCAUUGAAAUUCAUCAAAAACUGUCGUCCCCAAGGAAAAGACCUCUUGAUGAAACUAAGCGAAUUCAAGACGAACGCCAAAUGAAAGCUGCGGAGCGAAGAAAUUAUAAUCAAAAAGAAAGAUUAAAAAAAGUAAAAUCAACCUUAGAAAAGGGGAAAAAAAUUCGACAGCAGCAAGAAGAGAUGCAGCGACAAAAGAAAGAAUACUUUGAAAAGAAGCAUACAACAGCUGAACAAAAGAGACUUGAUCAACUACGAGAAAUAGUACGAAAGGCUCAGGAAGAAGAUGCCAAAAUUAGUGAGAUUGCGUUUAUUAAUUCAUUGGAAGCCCAAAAUAAGAGGAUUGAAGUAUUUUCGAGACAUCAGACCGAGAGGCAAAGAAAAUUCGAAGAACAAGCUGCAAAGGAAGAAGCUGCGCUGGAGCGACGACGUGCCUUGGAAGCCGAAAGGCAAUUUAAAUUAGAAGAGUUGCGACUAAAAAAAUUAGAAAAGGAGGCCAAAGUAGAACUUCAACGGCAGGAACGUGAUAAGGCUAGAAGUGAUGCCCUGAAGGAGAAAGCACGCGACCGAGAACAAAAAAAAUCAGCGCUCCAUGCUGCUCUAGCAACUUCAGCUAAAGAACUUCAAAAAAGGAUUGAGCAAAAGCAUACUGAGAGUAACAAACGGCACGAAAUGUUAAUUGAACAAAAGAAAGAAAAGGCAGCUACUUCUUAUCGUCCAAUGUCCUCGGAUUAUGUUCCUAACGUUGCUCCCUAUGAAUGUAAAAAAUUUUGUUCACUUUGCAAAGUUCAGAUUAUGUCUGAAGUAUAUCUUCUUAGCCAUUUACGAGGAAAAAUUCACAGAGAAGCUUUGUAUGGAGACAAUAACAAAGAAUUUUGCCUGGAUGACAUUUUUACGGAAUCAAUGAACUACAUCGUCGACGUUCAAAGCGAUAUGGAUGAGCAAAGCGCAAAUGAAAGUAAACUACGACAACAAUCUUGGAAAAAGAAAGCCAAGAAAAUUAAGCAAAGAUUAAAUUCAAAGACAACCAAAAUUAUAAAAGAUUUAGAAAAAGCUAUCAAGUCCGUGAGCGACUGCACCGAACUUAAUCAAUCGCAAUGUAAUCUUAUAGAAAAGUGCUUAAGAGAACUUAAGUCGAUACUAAAGUCAAAGAUAUCUAAGACUGAAGUUGUUGCCUUCAAAAACAAUAAUGGCAUUACUUUAAUAUGUAAACUGUUAGCUAUGUUUGGAAAUCAAGCCUCUAAUCCGGUCUUUAGGAAGUAUGUAAAUGGCUUUACGGAAGUAGUUAUUCUCAUUUGUUGGGACAAUUUAGACGCGUGUAUGGAGUUCAUUUUAAGUGGCGAAGUGAUCUCAUUAAUUGAUAUUUUAAUGAAAAGAUUUCAGGUAAUAAACUUAGAAGGAAAGGGAAGUUCCGAAGGGAAGCAAAAGCAAAAAUUAUCCCCUUAUUGUCCUAUAGCGCAUAAUUUUUUAAGUCUGUUAUCAGCGAUAUUUACAAGUUUGAUAAGGAAUGACUGCAAGAGUGUGACCAUAUCGGAAAAUGUAUCGCUUUAUCAACGAGCAUUGGACUGUAUUAGCUACAUUGUUUGCGUUGGAAUUAUCGAUGCUCUAAAAUCUUUCUUUGGCUUGGUAUAUAACUCUAUACUUGUUGAUAAUGGAGUAUUAGAAUUGUCACACGAAUGCAUUAAAUUUCUGCUCGAGUUGUCAAGUUACCUUAUUGAAAGGCCAAGAACAAUAUUCAAGAAUAAAAAAUUUCAAGAUAACUGUAAUCUGUUAACCGCUUUCAAAGAAACACAAUUUGUUGGAACAGUAUCACUGCUAUACGCUAUUUUGUUAGCAAAUGGUCCUCCACGACGAGCAUCUGAUCCUCCAAAGUUAUGUUCUCGUAUUCAUAAUCUAAUAAAGACUUCAAUUGAAUUGCUGAAUUGUGUUGCAGUAUUAGAUCUAGAUUUGUUUCAGUCUAUUCUAGGCCAAGAAGGAAUAUCCUUAGAAUAUCGUCAUGUUAUGGUCUAUUUACUAUGGCAUUUCAGUUUUCACAAGGAUGAUGCAUUAUUGCAAGAUAUUAUUAUGAACAUUGGAUACUACUCAAUUCUUAACAACGACAAUCAAACAUUUAUUCAAGCUAGUCGUAGCCCAACCAUUCUUCAAUUACUUUGUGCUUUACCUUUUGACUACUUUAGUAAUCCAAGGUUAAAAGAUGUUUUGUUUCCAACGUUAAUGGCCUUAUGCUUUAGAAAUUAUGAUAAUAAAGCUAUUUUGGAUCAAGAAAGUAGCAGCUCUUUCUUAGCAGAAUAUAUUACCGGUUACCAAUGUAAGAAUAAGGGGUCAGAAAAGAAGACGGAGGAAAAGAAAGUGACCACUAGUAACCGCCCUAAUUUUAGGCCUGUCAAUGAUGUAGAGUAUGUUAAUAACAAUACCUCUACCGAUUAUGGUUGGCACAACUAUGUACAUAUGUGGUAUUUCAAAUCGUAUAGCUGGCAAUAA